AUGCGAAGAAAAAAGCCAUGCAACUUAGUGUUAAGCUUAACUCGAAUUUGCGCAGCAUUGUUGAGCCUGUCUAGUGGCGCCUUUUCCAUAGCAGUGCUUUGUGUGGGACCGCAGGAGUCAUGCUUCAACGAGGCAGCGUUGAUAAUAAUUCUGAUCGGCGCUAUAAUGAAUGCAAUGGUUCAAAUAGCGCUAGCGAUUCGGGACGAACUAUUUUUUAAGUUCAUCUCUAUUUUUCCACUAUCGAUGACACUUGGGUCCGGAGUUUGCUACAUUAAGUUCUUGAUUGAGCGAUUACCAACCACAAAUAUUUCUUCGGGAAGGGCUGGUCUUGUUACUGCGCAUUUGAGUAUCCUUCUGUCCACACUACUGUUGAGUGGAGCUUCCUCAUCAUUAACGCCUCAACACGCUACAAAAGAAAGCGUCAAAGUCCAUGGUCCCGGCGGGGACAUGGAACCCGGGAACAACGAACAAACAAAAGUAGCGACAAAGACUGUCGCAAUGAAAAACUCUUCGCAAACUCUGACCCCGGAGCAUGAUUUUCAAGAAAUAUACUCCCACCAGAACUGGAUGAACAAAUACUCAUCCACGUACUCUGGCUCUGAGAGCGCGUCUGCAACCUCAGUAGUCAAGCACAGUUUAGAAGCGCAAGCAUCCCAAAAUUCGGCUCAGGAACAAAUGUUCGCGGAUCCAAGCCGCAAGAUAUCAAAAAAGCCAAAGGUGCGGUCUUUCCUCAGAAUGAGACCCAAGAAUAAGGUUAGCAAAGAUAGAGCUGUACUUGAAACGCCUCAAAUGGAUGAAAGCAUCCAGGCACACUAUGUCACAAGGCUCUCUACUAUCCAGGACAACUCCAAGAGUUUCCUAAAUGUCACCCAUAAUCUACAACACCGCGAUGUUAGCAGUAAAAGUGCGCGCUCCAGCUCAUUACUUAGCGAUCAUGGAAAGGCUACGGUGUUCGAUGAGGAUGCCUUUCUGAUGGAAAAGAAUGCUGUUCACCGUAUUAACAGUGCUCUUUUGCCUCCAUCCCUCAGAGCUUCUGACAAAGACGACAAGAACUACAAGUGGAACUCCGGCAUUAGUGAGCUCCACAACUCCCCGCCCACAAGUUCAGUAACGGAAGAUGGCCUGGAUUUGUUACAAGAAAAUGAUUUGGAAGACAUCCCGCAGGCUCCCGACUGGAGCAAACCCCUUGAUACAAACGCAGAUACCCCAAAGUUGUUGAAAAAAGUCAAUUUUCAGGACUGGCAGACCCAUAGCGACAGGCUCCUGGAGAGCGAAAGAAUUCUUAGCGAAUCAAGCCCCAAGCUUCUGCCAGGACUUUUGUUUCAGCCGAAGGAUCGCUUGCAACCAGAAGUCGACUUCAGCUUUCCCGCACAAAAACCUAAAUUGGACUUUGAUGACUUUCUUGGACACAACAACGAUGACACAGUCAGCGAACUUGACAUUCUCUUUCGCCGCGAAGAAGGGGGGCUGACUGAUAAAAGCGAUACCGCAGAUUUCAUGGAAAGCAUCUUGAAACAAAAUGAUGUUUCAACGAAUUUGAAACGAUUAUCAAAAGAGAUGAGCUUCACAAGCGGCAAUCACUCUCCCACGAAAUCCAUGACAUCAAUUAUCACAAACUCUGCUAAUGGAAGCUUCAAAUAUCCUUCCAGAUCACCCCAAAAGUCUCCGUCGAAAUCACCAUCUAAAUUUGGUUCAAUGUUUUCCAAUGCUGGCCAUUCGCAAGCAUCGAAUCACAUUCAUCAUUCUCGAUCCAACUCGCAGAUCACAGCUUUUUUGCACACAGUUGCGAACAAGGGAAACACCAACAGCUCUGUCCAAUCCUCUCCAACCCGCGGCGGAAGGCUUAGGAGAAGUUUCAGCAAAAAAAUGUCUCUAUCCAGCAUCUCUUUCAAGCAAGAAGAAGACGAGUGUUUGCACGAACACAUAAGAGGCAAAAGCAUCGACUUUAGCUACGUGCAUUCUUUGCAAAACAAACACUCGCCUUCGAAAUCUCUGACGUUGGCUGGAAGGCGAAAUAGUAUGUUUGCCCCUGGUGACUUGAAAUUAAGAACCGUUAGCGCUAUAUUUUCAGAGGAUGAUGCGGGACACAAUAGUACUGUUUCAAAACUCAAACAGGGCAUAGGUCCUACAGAGGAUGUUACUAAUCAAAAGACCGAGGACUCUAGUACGCGAAGUUCACAGUCUAUCACCAGUGAAACUCACUACCCACAAGCUGUAAUUGGCGAGUACGAUCGAGAAAAAUGGUCGACACUGUUGAGUAUGUCACUAAUAGAUUCUCCCAAAAGUGCAGCAGCCAACUAUUAA